AUGCCUGACAGCUAUCCGGAUGUGGAGCCGCGCAGGUGCGAUGACUGCUGCACAGAUGUGUCUGAAGCUAGAGUGAAGCAUUGCCAAACAUGCGGCUGGUGUAUGGAGGGCUUCGACCAUCACUGUCGCUAUUUGAAUGUGUGCGUGGGGGGAAGGACGUACCCAGCCUGGUACACCUUUGUGUUGCUGCUCUUUCUGCUGGUGGUGAUGUGCGCCGUGGGCUGCGUUCAAGUGCUGAACGAGCCCUUCAGGCACAAUCUCCAUGAGGAGUACCCGACAGUGUUUUAUGUCCUUCUCGGGACAGCAGCCGUGGCUUCGGUCAUCGAAAGCCUUUUCCUUCUCGCCCUUCUGGCGCAGCACUCUUACUUCUGCCUUGCAGGAAUAACCACCUUGGAGUACAUCAAGGACCAGGCUCCACCAUUUCCAAGCCUUCCGCCACGAGGUUGGCGAGAGGCCAUUUCACAGGGUGAGUGUCACAACUGCCACGGUUUGAUUCAGCUUUCCGAAGCUGCUGAUGCCGACGAAGUACUGUACUGCAGCGUUUGCCAAGGAGACCUUGCCAAGGCUGCGGUGAACUUUUGGCAGUGUGAUGUCUGCGACAACUCUGCGGUGUGUCCCAUUUGCUACCGUGCUGCUACUUCAUCUGCGACCGUGACAACCUAUCGGGCUUCAGCCAUGAAGCGGCGCUCCCAAGCGUUGAUGGGCAUCCUGGAUACCUCUCGACAUGGAGGUGGGAGCUCAAAGAACCGCACGCCCAGCAUCCAUUCGCGGCUGUCGUCCUUUUCGGGCGAGCAGCGGGAAGUUCGUAUGGGCAGGAAGUCCGUCGGCGCCGUGGUGGCCGCUGUGGAAGGGCACGCGGGUGAAUCGCGCCCAUCUUUCGUGUCUGGAUGUUGCGGCCGUCGGGAGGAGGAGAGCGAGACGGAAUCCUCGUCUGAAGGAGGCUAG